AUAACCGAAUAAAUAAUUAAAACUACUUCUCUUUUUUUACCAUGAGAGUGAUUAUUUAUGAUCAUAUACAUAAAUACAUAAUACAAACAUUAAAGGUUGCGUCAAAAAAAAAGUACAUGAAAGAAAAGAAGAAAAUAAUUUUAAAUUAUUAGGAACACGUGUUCUUAGUGCCAAAAGAAUAAAGUAUUAGUACCACAACAUUAAACUGUAUUUUAUACAUGGAACAUGAAACAUGAAACAUUAUCCAUAAUUCCUUAUUGCCUUAUUCUAUAAAUUGGAAUGUAAGAUACUUUACAACUAUACCACAAAGAAAAAAAAAAAAACAGGGAAAAAAAAUAAUAAUAAAAUAAAAGACAGAAAAGUAUUGAAAGCAGACAACCAGCUGGACCCAGUUAAAAUUAUACUAAUAAUUUGGUAAAUAAUAAAGUCAAAGCGUUUCAUACUCUUCUAAACCCCGUGUGUGAACUGUGUUGUGACUGUUGACCACUUUUUUUACUCCACUCACUCGCCCUUUAUAUAACCGCUAUUACCUGAUUUUCUUUAUUUUCAAGUUUCAACCAUCUCUGUUUUUCCUACCUUAAAACACACAAUUCCAAAAUCAAUACUAGUAGAUGGAUUCAACCCAAAAUUAUUAUUUCUACGACGAGAAACCCUGGAAGAUGGAAUCGAACCACGAGAUGAACAUGAUGGUAUCGGCUCUGAGUCAAGUUAUUUCUGGAGACGACGGCGGCUACAGUAGCAUGGGCAUCAAUCAACAACCACCUAUUGAUGGGUCCCAUUUAAUAUUUGAAUCGUUUCAAGACCAACAAAAUUUCGCCACGUGGUCACCAGCGUCUUCUACCACGUCACCAGUUCUCCCGCCAAAUUCCCAGAUUGAAAAUGCAGACACUACUACUGCUACUAGUAGUAGCAGUAGUAGUGGAAAACAGAGGACAAGAAAGUACAACAGAAACAAGUACAGGGGAGUACGGCAGAGGCCUUGGGGGAAAUGGGCGUCUGAGAUUCGGGACCCACACCGGGCGGUUCGGAUGUGGCUCGGAACAUUCGAGACGGCCGAGGAGGCUGCUAGAGCUUAUGAUCGAGCUGCUGUUCGCUUUCGAGGCCCGCGUGCUAAGCUUAAUUUCAGUGUCUCUGAUUACCUUCCACAGCUUGAAGAGUACAACAGUAAUAAUAUAUUUUAUCAAAAUCAAGAGCAGCAGAUAAACAACAAUAAUAAUUAUGGUAAUCAUGUUAGUCCUACUAAUCAAGAGCCAGAGACGAGUGGUUUCGUGCAGAUUACUGAUGGUGCUGAGCUUGAGCAUUGGAUGAACGAUAUGAUUGACAAUACCCCUCCGUCGUUAAUGUAUGGGGACCCAUCAUUCGGAAUUUAAAUUACAUCAUUGUUUUUUGUGAGAGAAAAAAAAAAUAUGUUUAUGGUAGUUGUAAAAGGUGAAAGGGAUAGUAAAAUUUAACACAAAAGAUGCUUGUAAUGUAAUUUUGUAUAAAUAUAGCUUAAGUAUAGUAUAGGAGUACAUAUUAUCAUGUACCUAGAUUAUGUCCAGAACUAGUUAGAUUGUCUCUGUUUUAUUUUUUUUAAUAGAAAUGGAUACAAUUAGUUUUGAUUCAUUUGAUCGUUUGUUACGAAAUAUUGAAGGAUUAUCUAAAUGGAAAAUGAACAGUCACA